UAUGACAGUGAAUGUGACGCUCUGGGCAAAUAGAAAACACGUGUGUAACCACGCUGAGGCGCAAAUUACGCGCCGGGUCGCACUGAGAGUCCGGAGCCUCUCCCAGAGCACAGCUUCAUAGACAGAGUUUAUACAACUAACAACCCAAGAGUCCAAGUUUGGCAAAUAGAUGAUAUGUUUUAAGGAAAACGGGAUUAUUAUUAUUGUUUAAAUCUGAUAUAAACCAAAAUGGAUCCAUAGCAGGAGGGUGAGGAAAAAACAUUUGUGAACUCUCGUUUAAACAAAUCUAAAUACAUGUGUCAUGUCUGAUGAAGCGACAGACACCGGCCCUGGGAGUGAGGAGCGUCCUGCUGAAGAUGCGUUCGGCUUUGGAGAUGAUCUGGAGUUGAAUCAGUUCGACGGAUUGCCUUUUUCCUCACGUUACUACGAGCUGCUGAAAGGGAGGAAGACUCUGCCGGUGUGGAAGGUCAGGUGCGAGUUUGAAGAUGCUCUGGUCAAAAACCAAAUGGUUAUUGUGUCUGGGACAGCGAAGACUGGGAGGAGCACACAGAUCCCUCAGUGGUGUGCAGAGUUCUGCCUCUCUGCCCAGUACCAGCACGGCAUGGUUGUGUGCACGCAGACCAACACACAGCACGCCGUAGACCUGGCCCUGCUCGUGGCCGACGAAAUGGACGUCAACAUAGGCCAUGAAGUGGGCUACACCAUUCCACUGGAGAACUGCUGCUCCUCCGACACUGUUCUGAGGUACUGCACCGACCACAUGCUGCUGAGAGAGAUGAUGUCCGACCCCUUUCUGGAGCACUACGGGGUCAUUAUCAUCGACCAGGCCCACGAGAGGACGGUCAGCACGGACGUACUACUGGGUCUCCUCAGGGACAUCCUGCUGCAGAGGCCUGAUCUCAGAGUGGUGGUCCUCGCCGUCCCACCCGCCACCGACAAGCUGAUGAGCCACUACGACAGCGUCCCGCUCAUCAGUCUGGAGGCCACGUCUCCCGCCGAGGCCGUCCACAGCAACAGCGGCAACAAAGACUACUUCUUCUCUGCGCUGAGGCUGGCGCUGGAGAUCCAUCGAACCAAAGAGGAUGGAGACGUAGUGGUGUUCUUUGCCUCAGCUGAUGAGGUCCAUUGUGCCCACAGCAUCCUCCAGAGAGAAGGCACCAGGCUGGGAACGGAGCUGGGCCAGAUGGUUCCUGUGGUCCUGUGCCCUCGCCGGGGGGGGAUACUGCCUGAGAGCCCAGGGUCCACGAGGUCCAGGAGGGUUUUCCUCUCCACCAAACAGGGGGAGGACAUGUGGUGGCCCACAGAGUCUGUCAACUUUGUCAUUGACACAGGAGUCCAGAAGAAAAUGGUGUACAAUCCAAGAAUAAGAGCUAACUCGGAGGUUCUUCAACCCAUCAGUCAAUAUCAGGCAGACAUACGCAGGCGGCUGUCUGGACCAACAGGUAAAUGUUUCUGCUUGUAUCAAGAAGACGGAAAGCUUCCUGCAGAGAACCCCCCACAGAUCUUGGAGUCCAACAUUACACCAACAGUCCUCUUCCUAAAAAGGAUGGAGAUAGCCGGACUUGGACAGUGUGAUUUCAUGGACAGACCAGAUCCUGAGGGUCUCAUGCAGGCGUUGGAGGAGCUGGAUUACCUCGCAGCUUUAGAUGACGAUGGCAACUUGUCUGAGAUCGGCAUCAUAAUGUCUGAGAUCCCUCUGGACCCUCAGCUGGCCAAAGCGCUCAUAAUGUCUGAGAUCCCUCUGGACCCUCAGCUGGCCAAAGCGCUGCUGGCAUCCUGCGAGUUUGACUGUGUGAGCGAGAUGUUGACGAUAGCAGCGAUGCUUUCAGCGUCAAGCUGCUUCCUGGAGCCUCCUGCUGGUAUGACCCACGAGGCCGUGCAGUGUCACAGAAAGUUCCAGCACCCUGAUGGAGAUCACUUCACCCUCAUCAACAUCUACAACGCCUUCAAACAAAGCCAGAGAGAACCAUACUUCACUGCUGAAAAGUGGUGCCAGGACUAUUUCCUUGAUCAUUCGGCCCUGAGGAAAGCUGAGGCCAUUAGAUCAGAGUUGACUGACACCCUGAACAGGAUCGAGCUUCCCAUCUCCGAGCCCUCCUUUGGAACCAAGACCAACACCCACAACAUCAAACGAGCUCUGCUGGCCGGAUUCUUCAUGCAGAUCGCUCGGGAUGUGGACGGAUCGGGAAACUACUUCAUUCUGACACACAAGCACAUGGCCCAGGUGCAUCCCCUGUCCAGCUACGGGGCUCAGUCACACAAGCUGGGGCUUCCGGAGUGGGUUGUUUUCCACGAGUACUCCCUGUCGGAGAACAACUGCAUGAGAACGGUCUCUGAAAUAUCCCCUCAAGUGUACAUUCAGAUGGCACCCCUGUACUUCUUCUACAAUCUGCCCCCUAGUGAAAGCAAAGACAUACUGCAAGACAUGUUGGACCCAGACGGAUCCAGAAAAUGUGAAGACGGGAAACAAAAAGACUCAACAAUCUGCGACGAUGACAACACUGGAUGUGCAGUGGUGCCGCAGACUUAUGACAGAUGUGUGAUUCAAUGACCGAGAAUCAUAAAUGUGAAACUCUGGGCUGUAAUCUGUUCAUCAAAUAUUGUAAAAUGGUUAAAGGCAAUGCAAACCAGGGGCUGUAAUAUUAAGUUAUUACAUUGCUUAAUAUGAUGAUGGGUGACUCAUGUGAUAGCAGCAUGUCGCAAAAUAUAAAACCUGAACAUUUGUAUUAAUUGUGAUCCAAAAAAAAAAAACUGUCAUAGCCUCCUGGUGUCAGUACAUGCCUUUUCCCUGUUUGCUGUUUUGUACCUUUUAUACCAGCUCUGCUCUCUCCAGCAACACUUCCUGUUUGAAAAUGUAUCCCGAUGGCUGUUUAGAUUUUAAUGAGCAGCAGAGGAGUUGCAGAUGGAUGUUUUCUGUUGCUGUACUUUAAAGGGAGAAGAACAUUCCAUCACACCUCUUGUGCAUUUAACUAGGAGGAUGAAGAUUCAAAGAGAUGGACUAACACAUUUCAUGUACGAGCUGCCGGAGAGUACUUCCUUUAUCUUGUGUCUUACCCACAGCUGGUGGUACAGCU